CGGAAUUACUGGGCGCUUCAGAAAUUGUCGUUAAAUCGUUUUACUUAAUGUGAGAGUUUGUAGAUUUGAGAGCUGUAGAAACGCACGGCUGUUUUUGUCAGGACUGAUAAUUAGCUGAAGCUAGCUCGCUGCCUCUGAGAAAAUGGAUGACGAUGACUCCAUGCACAGGCUGGAGGGGACUGAUCCAGGUGCUCAAGUUGGUGGACUGAUAGUCAAGAAGAAGAAUGCUGCCUCAGAGCAGCAUGUUUUUCGGGCUCCCACCCCACGCACCUCUCUGCUGGGCUUGGAUCUGCUGGCAGCCCAGAAAAGGAAGGAGCGUGAGAGUAAGGAACAGGCAGAUGGUAGCGGUGAUGACAGAAGUAUUAAGAAAUCAAAGGUUUCCUCCUUCAAAGAUUGGGAGGAAGGUAAAAGUGAUUCUGGGUCAGAUGAUGAAGACAAUGAUCAGGACAGGAAUGCUAAGAAGGAGAGUAGCAGGAAGUAUCGUGUGACUGGUUCUGAGACACCUUCCAACCCUGGAGGAGUCAGCGAAGAGUUUCGUCGCAGACACCAGCAGAGAGAGAAGGACAGACGUGAGCAUGGAGUCUACGCCUCCUCCAAAGAGGACAGGAACAGAGAACGAGAUAAAGAAAGGAGUAGAGAUAAAGGCAGAGAUCGGCGGAGUGAAAGAGAUGAGCGAGAGAGCAGCCACAGCCGUGGCAGCAGCAGCAGCCGAUUGGAGCGCAGUGAGAGGAGUGAGCGCUCACAGAGAGACGGCUGGUCUGAACGCAUCAGCCGGGGGAGUAAGCGCAACGAACCCCUUACACCACAGCAUCGCCCCAGAGAUUCUUUCACUCCCUCCCGCUCCAACUGGGAGGAGGACGACAGUGGUUAUGGCAGUUCGCGGCUUUCCCAGUGGGAGUCUCCAUCCCCAGCCCCUUCUCACAAAGAGUCUGAACGCUCAGAGCGAAGCCAUCGCUCUGGCCGAGAGAGUGAGAGGAGAGACAGGUCAGUCAGAGGCCGUUACCCUGACGACACACCUCUGCCCACCCCAUCCUACAAGUACAACGAAUGGGCCAGUGACAGGAAGCAUUUGGGCUCUACACCUCGUUUAUCCCAAGGAAAAGGUAAAAAAGAUGGCGAAGGAGGAAUUGCGUUUGACAAUGAGGGUGAGAAAGAACAGUGGGAGGAGGACCAGAAGCAAGCUGACAGAGAUUGGUACAUGAUGGAUGAAGGCUAUGAUGAGUUCAACAACCCUUUUACUUCCACAUCUGAUGAAUAUGUAAAGAAGAGAGAGCAGAUCAUUCAGAAGCAGACUCAGAAACGAAUAUCUGCUCAGAAACGACAGAUCAACGAGGAUAAUGAGCGUUGGGAGACUAACCGUAUGCUGACCAGUGGUGUGGUGCAGCGGUUGGAAGUGGAUGAAGACUUUGAGGAAGACAAUGCUACUAAAGUUCACCUCCUGGUUCACAACCUGGUCCCCCCCUUCCUUGAUGGGAGAAUAGUCUUCACUAAACAGCCAGAGCCUGUCAUCCCUGUGAAAGAUGCCACUUCUGACAUGGCCAUCAUCUCCCGAAAGGGCAGCCAGCUUGUCCGUAAACAUCGUGAGCAAAAAGAACGCAAGAAGGCACAGCACAAACACUGGGAAUUGGCAGGGACCAAGUUGGGAGAUAUCAUGGGGGUCAAGAAGACUGAGGAAGAAGACUCCUCUGGAGGCAAAGCGGUAGGCGAGGAUGGCAAAGUGGACUACAGAGCAGAGCAGAAAUUUGCAGACCACAUGAAAGACAAGACUGAGGCCAGCAGUGAGUUUUCUAAGAAGAAGACCUUACUGGAGCAGAGACAGUACCUGCCGAUCUUUGCCGUGAGACAGCAACUUCUUAACAUCAUAAGGGACAACAGCAUCGUGAUCGUUGUAGGGGAGACGGGAAGUGGGAAAACCACUCAGCUGACUCAGUACCUGCAUGAAGAUGGCUACACCAGCUACGGCCUGGUGGGAUGUACUCAACCCAGAAGAGUGGCCGCCAUGAGUGUGGCGAAGAGAGUCAGCGAGGAGAUUGGCACCAGCCUGGGAGAAGAGGUGGGCUAUGCAAUUCGUUUUGAGGACUGCACAUCUGAGAAAACAUUGAUAAAGUACAUGACAGAUGGUAUCCUGCUCAGAGAGUCACUGAGGGAGUCAGACCUGGAUCACUACAGUGCUGUUAUCAUGGACGAGGCUCAUGAACGCUCCUUGAAUACUGAUGUGCUGUUUGGCCUGCUACGUGAGGUUGUAUCGCGACGCACUGAUUUAAAGCUCAUAGUUACUUCUGCAACUAUGGACUCUGAUAAAUUUGCAGCAUUUUUUGGCAAUGUACCCAUAUUCCACAUUCCAGGAAGAACAUUUCCAGUAGACGUCUUAUUUAGCAAGACUCCUCAGGAGGACUAUGUGGAGGCAGCAGUGAAGCAGGCCCUGCAGAUCCACCUUAGUGGGAUGACAGGAGACAUCCUCAUCUUUAUGCCGGGACAGGAGGAUAUCGAGGUGACAUCAGAUCAGAUUGUGGAGCGAUUGGAGGACUUGGAGAAUGCUCCAGCUCUGGCUGUGCUGCCCAUUUACUCCCAGCUGCCCUCUGAUCUCCAGGCCAAGAUCUUCCAGAAGGCUCCCGAUGGUGUAAGGAAAUGCAUUGUUGCUACAAACAUUGCUGAGACUUCGCUCACUGUGGAUGGAAUCAUGUUUGUUGUGGAUUCGGGAUACUGUAAACUUAAGGUAUUCAAUCCUCGCAUUGGAAUGGACGCUCUACAGGUUUAUCCCAUCAGUCAAGCUAAUGCAAACCAGCGGUCAGGCAGAGCAGGGCGUACAGGACCAGGGCAGUGCUAUAGGCUCUACACUCAGAGUGCAUAUAAGAAUGAGAUGCUUACCACCACCAUACCAGAAAUUCAGAGAACCAACCUGGCCAAUGUGGUACUGCUCUUGAAGUCCCUGGGCGUUCAGGAUUUGCUCCUCUUCCAUUUCAUGGAUCCACCACCUGAAGACAACAUGCUCAAUUCCAUGUACCAGCUCUGGAUCUUGGGAGCCCUGGACAACACAGGUGCUUUGACACCAACCGGGCGAAUGAUGGUGGAGUUUCCCCUUGACCCUGCUUUGUCCAAAAUGCUGAUUGUAUCCUGUGACAUGGGCUGCAGUGCUGAUAUCCUCAUCAUUGUCUCCAUGUUGUCUGUGCCGGCCAUCUUUUACAGACCUAAGGGUCGUGAGGAGGAGAGUGACCAGGUGAGGGAGAAAUUCUCAGUGCCAGAGAGUGACCACCUGACCUACCUCAACGUCUACAUGCAGUGGAAGAACAAUAAUUACUCCGGCAUCUGGUGCAACGAGCACUUCAUCCACACGAAGGCCAUGCGCAAGGUACGUGAGGUGCGCUCCCAGUUAAAGGAUAUCAUGGUGCAGCAGAGGAUGAACCUUAUUUCCUGUGGCUCAGACUGGGACAUCAUCAGGAAGUGCAUCUGUGCCGCUUACUUCCACCAGGCUGCCAAGCUCAAGGGAAUCGGUGAAUAUGUGAACGUGAGGACAGGCAUGCCAUGUCACCUCCAUCCCACCAGCUCCCUGUUUGGUAUGGGCUACACUCCGGACUACAUCAUCUACCACGAGCUUGUCAUGACCACCAAGGAGUACAUGCAGUGUGUGACUGCAGUGGAUGGAGAGUGGCUGGCAGAACUUGGACCAAUGUUUUACAGCAUCAAACAUGCUGGAAAGAGCAGACAGGAGAACCGUCGGCGGGCCAAGGAGGAGAUCACCAACAUGGAGGAGGAGAUGACACUAGCUGAGGAGCAGCUGCAAUCUCGGCGAGAGGAGCAGGACAGGAAGAACAACACUGGCAGUGUUAAGGCACUGAAAAUCUGCACACCAGGAAGAAAAGAUGAGGCUCCGAUGACACCCAGACGCACCCCAGCCCGCUUUGGACUGUAAAACAAACACUUUCAGGAAGGUCAGAGCUUCCAGGAAGGUCAGAGCAAACCACAUUGGGUCCUCUGAACUCAUCGUCAUCCAGACCUCGACCACACCAGCACAAGCUGACAGUCCCUCCCAGAAUCAGCUGCAGUUCAUGUACAAACCACUAGAGAGAGAACUUGUAUAAGGCACAAGACUCAAAGACAGCCCAGUCCAUCAUAACACCUCCCUCCACUUUUAUCAGCUGGUGGCUGUUUCCAUGAUACAUUUGAAGGAAGAAUAAAGGAUGGCUGUGUUGUUGGUGUAAAUUCAAUAUUUAUUUGUUACUGAAUGUGGUAACUGCAAAAAUGUUUUUACAGAUGACCAUAUGGGGAUUUUACCUGAGUUAGAAGCAUUUUCUAUGCAUUUUCUCCAUCCUGAGUGUCACCAGAGGAGAUCCUAUACAGUAAAUAGUCAUCUAAUUUCAAUAUUACUUGUCUUUGUGCCCUUGCAUUUACUACUACUUGUGCUGUUGUGGCUUGAGCAGCAUGUGGCCACUAUGAAGUGCUCCUCUACACAGUGUGAAGCACUAUUCAAACUGUAGCCUACUUGUGGCAUGAGUGUCUUCAGACCUAGAGUUAUACUGUAACAAACAUACACACACACAGACACACUCAUGCAGUCUUAGGCAAUUGACCUUUUUCUGCUCUCUUUUAACCUUGUUUCAACAAUGUAAUGUACUGCAGCUUUAGCUUCAUACUGAACAUCGCCACGCUGGAUUAAACAUAUCAACACUUAUUUUCAUGUUCUUUGUGUUGAAAAUAGCAAACUGUUUCCUUUGUGAAUCUUCUAUAAACAAAUGUUUGCAAAUAUGUCUUAAAUGGGAAGAUAAUGUGCUUUUGUUGAUGUUCGCCCUCGUCUGCCCUCUCAGCUGAUCAGAGUAUCACACAGCUUCAGACAGACUGGUCUGUAACAAAACAGUUUAGUGAAGGCCAUAUUUGGAUGGUGAAAGUGUUUUGUCUUUUUUUUUUUUUUUUACAUGGAGCUGAGACAGCAGGAGGACUGCUAAUGGAUGUUUUUUUUCUCUCAACAUCUUUUGUAAA